CCAGGGGGCGCACUAUACAACCCGUUCACCGCGGAGGGCUACAUUAGGACCAGCUUCCGGCCUGUAACGUCCUCUUUUCCUCUGCAUCGGGACGUAGCCAUGGUUAACGUCCCGAAGACCCGCAGAACCUACUGCAAGAAGUGCAAGAAGCACCAACCCCACAAAGUUACCCAGUACAAGAAGGGAAAGGAUUCCCUCUAUGCACAGGGUAAGAGGAGAUACGACAGAAAGCAAAGCGGGUACGGUGGACAGACCAAGCCCAUCUUCAGAAAAAAGGCUAAGACCACGAAGAAGAUUGUGCUGAGGCUUGAGUGUGUCGAGCCCAACUGCAGAUCCAAGAGAAUGCUGGCCAUCAAGAGAUGCAAGCACUUCGAGUUGGGUGGUGACAAGAAGAGAAAGGGCCAGGUCAUCCAGUUCUAAGCUGUGGGCCAGUUUCCUGGAGGAAAUUUUCAUUUUCAAUAAAUGUAUUAAAACAUA